CCCCUGAACUCUGUCUGGACAUUGUUGAUUGGCCAUAGGCUGAUCACAUGCACUCUCCCUAGAAAAAAAAACUCUCUAGCAAUACACACCAAACUGAGUGUUAUGAUCCGCAGGUGGUGCCUCAGGCUGCCAACUGACAGACCUACUCAGAGCGUGGGGUCUAAGCCCGGGCUGAGAUAAGAGGGGACACUGGAAGUCUUUGUACACAAUGCAGAGGAUUAACCCCUUAGGUUCCACAGUGAGUAUAACAAGCAUGCUUUACUGCAUAUAUACAGUAAACUGAUUUUACUAUUGUGGGUUUAGUAACACUU